CACGUGUGGAAAACCAGAACCCUGAUCUUGAUCAGUAAAAUAUUGCAUUGUUAUAUUUGCAUGCCAAGCGAAUAUGUAUUCUUAUUGGCCUGGUCAAUUGGGAUAGAAAACAUCGCCAUCACGCCACUCCCACUAUACUUAAAUCUCUGAACCACAACUCCAGUCUCAUUAUCAAGCCGUGACUCAACCCAGCUUUCCAUGUUUUCCAAACACUUCCGAGAUCAUUAUUGCGCCACAAAACUACUGGGGAUCCCAAAAUUUAUAUUUUGGGUGCUAGCACUAAUUGCUAUUGUGGUUCUUGUAGUACCCAUUGCAAUUAUGUUCGGAAGAAACAAGCAUCACAUGAAAACUAUGGUUUUGGUACCCUUAUACAUAUAUCCCACUUACCAAGCUUGGGACCCUUUGCUCGAAGCGUUUGUUCCUCCCGUACUAUUCCCCAGAAACAGAAAACUUGAUUUGCUAACAAAUAUUCCUCACAGAAUCGAAUCCCAUCCCUCAACAACGUUCGCUAUAAUCAUCAAUCCUCAAAGCGGUCCUGGGCCGAAUCCUGUCCCUGAUACAAAUUUCACAAUUCAAAUUCCACGACUAAAUCAAUAUCAUAAUGUGUUGAAUGUAGGAUAUGUCCCUACAAAUUACUCGCAUAGACCUUUGGAAUCAGUGGUCAGUGAUAUCCAGACUUACGCGAGGUGGCACUCGAAUGCCCUGCGGGGAAUGGGCUUGAGUGGGAUUUUCUUGGAUGAGACUCCGAGUGAGUGGAGUGAUGAGGCGGGAAUGUUUUACCAAAGCAUUGAAAGUGUGAUACGGGGAGUCGGUGGGUUUGGAAAGAGACCUUUGGUAUGUUACAUAUUUUAUUAUCGUUUUUUGAAAACUGCUUCCAUGCGUUCGUACUUUGAUUUCGUGGUUUGAAGAUGUGCAGGUCUGAUGAAACGAUGGUGGUUAGAGGAUACGUUGUAUUUUUUUUCAACCGAUGUGGAUAUAUGCACGUAUGAUGUAGUUUUGGUUUCCCAAUAUAUCGUGAUGCAACAUACUGCACACGGGAUAUUGAGUUCAAAUUGUUCAUUGUGGGGACCGGACUACAAUAAAUCGUGUUUUCACUGACACUGGCAGAUCAUUCAUAAUCCUGGAACUGUACCGUCACCAAAAUACCUUCCAUAUACUGAUCUCAAUGUUAUAUUUGAGGGCCCCUACAAUACCUUUCAAGCGAAAUCCUUCGAUAUCAUGGCGUUCAUGAAAUCUACUCGUAUAUCGAAAGACAAACUAGUCUGUUUGGUACACUCAUUACCACAGGAUAUGUCACUUGAGGACCAGGGUAACUUCUUGAAGGAGUUGAAGAAGCUCGCGGGAGCCGUCUUUGUAACUGGAUUAAGUGAGAAUUACUAUACGACAUUUUGGAAUGGCUUUGAGAACUGGGUGUCACAAUUGGCGAAGAAGUGAAAUCUUAGUGUAUUGGGAAUGACUUAGAAUGGAGCAGAAAUUGGGGGUCUGCAGGAGAAACGUAAUGCUAUUGUGAAAUUUACGAAGCAGCACUAAGGCAAACUGGGUUCUCCGCAUCUCGGAGUCAUCUGGUUGAGAAAUGUGACA